UCUCAGAGACCACGACUGUGCUGCAGGAGGUCUCUGCAACACUCUGCAAUGAUCUGCAAUGAUCUCAUUUGACGUGGCAGAGAUGAAGGGUACAGGUGGGACGUGGUUUGAUAUCUCACCAAAUGAUCUCCUGCCUGGCUCUAACAAACACCACAAAGACAAGUUUAACAGCUUUUACUGUCUGCAGGAUUAAAAUGGAGCAAAAAUGGAUGCAGAUUCUGGUGAUCCUGGUGUUUUACCAAAGAAUAAACACUGGAGCUUGUGAAGAGAGAGUGAAGCAGGGACAGCUGGUUAACAUCUCGUGUAGUCUUACAGAUUCUGGCUCUACCCUUACCUGGUUUAGAGUACUGGACACACAUGCUAUGGAAUUCAUUGUAUCAUACAGCACCCAUGGGGAUGUAAAGACAUCAUCCACUUUCUCUUCCAUCUUCAGUCACGGAAAAAGCAAAUUCAUUCUUACAUUGAACUCAUUUGACAAAACUCGUGACAGUGGCAUUUACAGGUGUGCAUUACGGAAACAGUUGAAAUUGGAGUUUGGUAAGGUUACUCGACUGGUCGGAGAAAAAGAUGAAGUCCAAACAGAAGCACCAGUGGCAACCAUCGAACCAACUUCAUGCACCACUGCCAAACCAUGUGUCUGUGACAAGACAAGACAUCAAGACCACGCUUAUUCAGGGGAAACAAAUCCUUCCAUGCUUUGUUCUUCGAUCAUAUUGGGUCCACUCGCUGGCAGCUGUGGCCUUCUUCUUCUACUCCUUAUCAUAUCCACUCUGUACUGCAACAAAAUACGAACACGGAGAUGCCCACACCAUUAUAAAAGAAAACCACGGCCGAUGCCUCCUGGAAAACAGAUGAUGACCAACAGACGGAUAUAAAGUGACAUGGACGUUCCUUUGCACUGAAAAUGAGGCAGUGUUGAUUCAUUAUAAGAAGUUUUUUUUUUGCUCUUUAUUUUGAGGGUAAACAUUUUUUUUGCAGUCUUCAAAGACGGUAGCUGUUCAAGAAUUUAAUAUAUAUGGACUACUUUAGAAACCAGUUUCACAGAGUUUUAGUUUACAAUGCUGCGCUGUUAUCACACUCAAAUUCAUGUGUCUAUUCAUCCAGUCACCACAGUAAAUGAUGAGUAUACCCCACAGAAAAUCUUAGUAAACAAUGUUUAAAAUUUAGCAAACUACACUUUAUUUUUAGGUCAAAUGUAAAAAGAAGUCUUUACGCUGGUUUUUGCUUUGGUGUUAUUUGAUUUAUAUUCCUAUACGAUUUUGAAGUUUUCAUCAGAUUUAUAAUCAUUAAAUACCUGCAUUUAUUGCAUCAGUGUCACUAAAUCUAAGGAUCUUUAGUUUAGUUUUUAUUGAUUUUAGACCAAAGCUGCUGCUUUGUUUUUUAACGUUGCAUUUUCAGCUGAGCUUUGACAGUUAUUUCUUGCCGGUAAAUCUGAUUUAGUUUUCAUCCAUAUUAGCAGUUAUUUCAGUUCAACUUAUGCAAAAAAGGAACACAAAGAAUUUUCUUUCUUUCAGUUUCUUUUUUCUUUGAAUUAUAUUUACAGUCCUGAGAACUUUUUUCAAUCUCCACACUUUUGUAACUGGAAAUAAAAUAUACAA